AUGGCUCUGAAGUAUCCCAAAGCUGUUCGUCCCAUCCACAUCAACAUGCUCCUGGGGUUGUUGCAGGACCCGAAGAAGUCGCCCCAGAAAACGAACUGGUUUGCCGCGCACGAGCGGGGUUAUCAAAGACUUCAGGAAACCAAGUGUGUGACGCUCGGCUAUGGUCUCCACGACUCCCCAGUCGCGAUACUCGCAUGGUUCGUGGGCAAGCUCAAAACUUGGACGGACGAUUAUCCGUGGACCAAGGAAGAGCUCAUCAACUGGACAUUCAUGCACUAUCAGGGCAGUCCGAGCGCUGCGAUGCAGAUUUACAAAGAGGCGUUGGCUGUCCUGAACAAUGAUCCAGACAGCAUGGUCAAACGCUACGUUACGCAACCAGUCGGUGGUUCUGUUUUCCCUAAAGAGAUUUGGAUGUCGCCUCGCGAGUGGAUGGAGGAGACUUAUAACAUCCAGUUCUGGCGGCAGAAAGACGGGGGAGGGCACUUUGCUGCUUGGGAACAACCGGAAGCUCUGGUGAAUGAUCUGCGAGACUUCUUUGGGGCUGACGGUCCAGCAUUUGGGAAGCACUGA